CGCGCUUGUGCUGUUAAAUACCAGCUUUCUCCUACCUCCGCCGCUCCUUUCCAAAAACCCUCACCCUAACCCUAGCGCGGGCCGAGGUCCGGAGAGGAAUAGAGGAGAAGAUGAGUCGCGGGGCGAGCGGGGCGGGGGCGAAGGGAGGGAAGAAGAAGGGGUCGACGUUCACGAUCGACUGUACGAAGCCUGUGGAGGACAAGAUAAUGGAGAUCGCCUCCCUCGAGAAGUUCCUCCAGGAGCGUAUCAAGGUCGCUGGUGGUAAGGCAGGCGCCCUCGGCGACCAGGUCAUCGUCACCCGCGACAAGUCCAAGAUCAUCGUCACAUCCGAGGGCCCAUUCUCCAAGCGGUAUUUGAAGUACUUGACAAAGAAAUACUUGAAGAAGCACAAUGUGCGGGAUUGGCUUCGAGUGAUUGCGGCCAACAAAGAUCGCAAUGUUUAUGAACUGCGAUACUUCAACAUCGCAGAGAAUGAGGGGGAGGAGGAAGAUUAAUUGUUCUUCGCAUUUCUAUAUUUUAUGUUCAUUGAGUUAAAUUUUUUUUGGAAGGUUGCUUUUUAUCUGAGGCUGCAAUAUUUAAACUAUAUAUCCAUUGACUGGUAGUUGAAAGUGGCACAUCCUGCUUCCUCACACUCAUAUUGGCUUUUUAUCGUUGAUCGGUAUUUUCAUUUUUGCA